CCUCCCCGGUGCCCAGCAGCGUGUGGAACCCUGCCACACCGCCCGCUUGCCACACCACGGCCUUCACCUGCGUGUUCCAGUGUUUUCCGUGUGAGCCGACUUGCCUCAGUGCCUCGUGGAGCAGCCCGGAGUUUGCGCUGCGCCCGGUGGCCCCCAUGGUGAAGAUGACGAGAUCCAAGACAUUCCAGGCUUACUUGCCCACCUGCCACAGGACGUACAGCUGCAUCCACUGUCGAGCCCAUCUCGCAAACCACGAUGAGCUCAUCUCAAAGUCCUUUCAAGGGAGCCAAGGUAGAGCUUACCUGUUCAACUCAGUUGAUCACACUUCAAAAAGUACUUCUUUGGCUGCAAAGGUCGUGAAAGGCGCUAUAGAAAUAGUUAAUGUGGGCUGUGGACCAGCGGAGGAGCGGGUUUUACUCACUGGCCUGCAUGCAGUGGCUGAUAUUUACUGUGAAAAUUGCAAAACCACACUGGGCUGGAAAUACGAGCACGCCUUCGAGAGCAGUCAGAAAUACAAAGAAGGAAAGUACAUUAUAGAACUUGCUCAUAUGAUUAAGGACAAUGGCUGGGAGUGAACAGAAGGUCCUGCUGGAGCUGAUUGCUGGGCCCUUGAUCCUGGAACAAGAGGAGUAACUGAAGGCUUUGGUUGUACAUGUUGUGGGGGAGCCGAGCUGCCCGGCUCCAUCUCUCAGCCACCCGCCUCUGCAUCUCUCUUCCCUUUUAUUAUUAUCACUAUUAUCCUCUCUUGUCUUUUUGUUUUGCCUCCUGUGGUCAAUCAUCUCCUGGCUCUUCCUCUUUGUAGUCAUCGUGGCUGAACGACUGCACCAAAGCUCGAGGAUAAUCAACUUUGCUUUUUCUUAAGUUAACUUGAAAAGCCGUUUUAGUGACAUUCGCUUAAGAGUAGCAUUGUUUGGGAAUGCGGGGAGGUGAAGGGCAAAACUGUGUUUAGUGAAAAGCAGGCGGAGAAUUCAAAGUUGAGGCCUUGCUUGGUGGCGGUAGUCGGAGUUUUGAUGUGUCCACCUGCCCCGUUCAUUCAGCUGGUGAAGGGCCGGACCGACACACCUUCCCCCCCCGAACCCCAUUGCCCAUUUGCCAGCAGGCUGCCGAGGGUGAAAAGACACUUCACAAGCAUGCAAGGCGCUGCAGUAGAUACUUGUCCCUUCUCGGAAGAAGGAAAUUAGCGCCUUACCACUUUGUCCGCUUUGAGCCAGCAUGUAUCUGAUUCCCAACGCUAAUUGAUACUCUUGCUGCAACCUGUCGUUGGUGGCCGUGCAUUUGAUUCAUGCGCAGACUUGAACUGGGAGCGGGUAGAAUGUGAGAGAGGCUCCCCUCACCCCCUCCCCCGCCACAGCUGGUGGGUCAUCUUUUGAUGGCCCCUGGCUGUCUCAUGGUCACCUCGUUAAAAAAAAAGUCAUCCCAUACCCCUUUAAGGACCUCACUAAUAUCGGAUGGGCCAGUCCAAUUAAAAAGCGGCCAAAUAAGCAUCCAGUGCCACCGAAGCAAAAGGAUGCCUUCCCAAUGAAAUCAGGAUUGUAUUAUUGGUCUCUACAAGACACUCCACACCAUGCAGUGCCCGCUGGUCAGGCAAGGCAACCCCUGGAAGUGGGACUCAACCUCUACUUCCCGUUGCCCUAAUCUUAACCUGUCAUUUCAUCAAACAAUGGUGACGUAAGGUUGAAGGAUCAGUGUCUGUAACUGGGUCAAUUUUUAAAAGACAGUGACGGAUCAGCUGAUUGCAGCUUAGCUGUGAGAGAGUCUUGGCCACUGCUUCUGUUUGUGCAUGAGAGACAGAGAGAGAGUGUGGAUGACAAAGGCAGAACUGAUGCCUCCUUUGGUACCCACUGGUGCAGGUGGAUGAGGCAGCUGAGCUGCUGCAGACCAGUGCAGGAAGAAAGAUAUAACCUAAGGUCUGUGUAACCAAAUAUGGCCAAAGCCUCCCACCAAGUGACGGUGGGUGUGCGGACUGGUUGGAUUACUCAAAACGUAGAGCAUGGCACCCAACCAAAAUACUUAAAAACUUCAUUUCAAAAGUUGUCAAACAGCAAAGGAGAAAGAAUAAUUGCAUAGGUGGUAGCUGUGUGAAUAAUAUAAGAGGGCACUGGUCCCUUCUGCUGUUUUAGUGGAUCUGCCCAUUACUCAGUCACUUUCAGCAAUAGUUAAAAGUCCCUGGGUAUAUUGGGAGGAGUGGGUUACAUCAGUGUGAGUGAAAUACUGUGAAAAUUGUCAUAUACUGUUUAAUUUCAACCAGUGUUUGCCUAAAUAAAAGGUCAGACCCCGUAUAAUAUAUGGCAUUCAGUUCUGGGCACUGCGCCUCAGAAAGGCUAUAUUGACCUUGGAGGAGGUGCAGCACAGAUUCAUUCGUAUGAUACCGGGGCUGAAAGAGUUAAAUUACGACGAAAGAUUACAUAGGCUAGAGCUGUAUUCCCUCAAACAUAUAAGAUUAAGGAGUGAUCUAAUUUAAAUGUUAAGAUGAUUAAAGGAGCUGACGGGGGAGAUAGAAACUAUAUUCUCUGGUGAGGGAAAUUCAGAACAAGGGAGUAAAACCUUAAAAUUGGAGCUAAGCCAUUCAAGGAUGAUGUUAGGAAGGACAUCUUCACACAAAGGGUCAUGGAAAUCUGAAACUCUCUCUGUCAAUAUCCUGCGAGGGUUAAUUGAAAAUUUCAGAACUGAGGUCGAUAAAAUUUAUUUUGUAAGGCAGUGGUAUUAAGGGUUAAGGAACCUAACUGGGUAGAUGGAUUUGCAGUACAAAUCAGCCAUAAUUGAUUAAAAGAACAAGCUCAAGGAGCUGAAUAGCUUCCUGCUGUUCCUGCUUUCCUACAUGACAUGUAGACAAGACAUUACAUUUUCCAAUGGACCUCAUGCCCUAUAUGCAGCCAGGCUGGGAUGGGAGAGAGUUCUGAACCUUGUGAUAGAACCUUUCAUUUUAACUAAAGUCGGUCAGGUAAAUAUUGGGGAAUAAUCCUGCGUCAGCUCAGCAUUGUGCCUCCAACCUUUAAGUGACGCGUCCCCACCCCCCACACCCACCACCAGGUAAUUGUAAUGAAUCGGUAGGUUCCUGCCAGCAUUACAAAGAGCUCAUAUGCGAGGUUUGUGGUCAAGUUACACUUCAGCUUUCUUCGCUUCUCCAUUUUGUAAAUGACAUAGCAACUGUGUAUAAUGCACAUCUAGAACGUAAGCAAACGUAGGGCUGGGUAACACUGCUGAAAUCCAUGGCACUGGCAAGCAGAUCUCUGGGCUUUCAUAUGUCAACAGUACAGCCGGUCAAAUGAAUCUGUCCAAAUAUUGACCAAAGCACCUCUCUGUUUACACAUUGUUACAUGAGCCAGGUAGCAAGUCCAGCUGUAAUUGUCAGUUGUGAUGUCACUGGACUGUGUAUUAAUUGGUACCAAUACAUGAUAGAAAGACCUCUCUUUAAGCGUCAGUUUUGUGGAUAAUCUAAAGUGAUCGCCCAGCAUGGCCACCCUUCACGUUUGGGGUUUGACAUAAAAACAUCUCCAUCCAAACGCAACUCAGGUUUGGAAGGACACAUCCUGCCAUCUGGCCGUUCUGCAGGAACUUUUCACUUCUUCCGGUGCUCGAUGUGCAACCUUCACAGGGAUUCCACUAAUAUCCCAGUGACAGCACUGCUGCUCAGGGCUCACAUGGCACCAUUAAUAGAGUCGGCCAAAGAGCCUUUUGUUCGCCUUUCAAGGGGAGGGUUGGCAUUGAAUAAAAUCCACAAGCCCAAAGACCAAACAUGACAGCGUGGCCAAUCAACACAGUUGGUAUAGAUAUUUGUAGGAAGAGAGGAAACCGAACUUUGCAUUGCGUGCUAGUGGCUAUGUCGUAAAUACAGUUGUUGACUUGUUAUCAUGGCUUGUUUUCUACCAUGCAUGGAAAAAAUAAUGUGUCCAAAGCAACACCACAGAACCUCUAGGAUGGGUGGCCUGUUGUACAUCCAAUAAGCCCAUUGGUUCAAGCAGCCAAUUAGCUUUUGUUUGUUGCAGCCAAAGCUAGCUUAUGAUUGGAUGCCGCUUUGAUCUGAAGUAUUCUAACCAUGGCUCCCAUUGGCUACCAGAACCAAUUCCCUGACAUAGUCACAUUGCCUGAUGCGAUUGGCUAGAGGAUGUACAUUCUGCUAGAUCAUCUCCUUAAGUGAUAACGUGCUGUCCCCUAUUUAAACAACAAAUUGGUAAUAUAUACAGAACUUGUCUUAUAUUGUGUACUCUUGUAAAUAUUCAUAUUUAAAAGAAUUUUUUAUAAUAUAUAUAUAUUCAGCGAUGUCUGACCCA